AUGCAUCAUUUCAAGUUACGGCGAGGACGCAGUCGGACGUGGCAACAACACGGUAAUGAUCACCGGUGACCCAAGAUCCGCUGUCGGCAACUGUCGAACAAUUUUGCAUGGUCGACGAAGUUCUCCAUGACAAAGAGGACGUACCAGACAGGAUGGCGACCGGCCCAGACGGCUAGCAUUUGGAAUCUCGAAAGUUUCAUCAGGGGAGCGAAUCGGACUUUGUGCAUGCCCAUCGUGAUGCACCAAGCAGCGCAGACUUGGCGGGGGUUCCCGAGCUCUAAACUUGAAUUGUUCAUGCGCAAAGGGAGCAACCCAGUGCCGCCUCGCGUCGCACAACGCGGCGUCGUCUAUGCUGGCAAGAGGCGGGACCGGACAUGGAGUUUCCAGCAAAAGUUUAGAAGGGGGAGGGUGUCGUGCCCCACGGAAGUACGAUAACUUAAUAUUCAUGGGGAAGGAUUAUAAAUACAUCGUGAUAGCAGUGGACGGCCCGUCACUGUUAGUCGAUGUCAUGCUGCCAUUUUUGGUCUUGUUCCGCGGCACGGUCACACAAAUGUGGCACACGCGCACCUUGACCCCAACGUCAUCGUUCAGCGAUCGCUUGCUUCUCGUGCAUGCGCCACAUAGGACGCGGCCACAGAGACGGCAGUGGUGG